AUGGACAGCAACCUGAGGCUCAACGUCCACUGGCCGUCGGUCAAGGACAAGGACCCGAAGACGCCCCCGCCAGCGCCGCGCCGCCGGUCGGUCGUCGAGUUCAGCCCGACCUCCAUCCCCGCCCCAGCACGAGCGGGAGGCGACGCCGCUCCAACCCACCCAGCGGACACUCAGUCCGGCAGCCCAGCUUCGCCCGCCGCCGCGUCUAGCGCGGGCGAGGCCGCCGCGCGUGACAAGGACAACCGCGGAGGCCUAGGAGACACUUGCCGCGCUGGGAGAGCCCUCAGGCACAGCGGCACCGGCCGUGAGGAGUACAACGACGCAGCCAAGGACGCGUACGAGGCGAAGGUGAUGGCGCACUGCCCAGGCUGCGGUCGCAGCUUCAAGGACGAGGCGACCCUGGCCAGGCACGCCAAGGCGUGCACGGGCAAGGGAGCCGCUGGAGCGCUGCAGGCGGCCCCGGCGGCCGAGGAACGGGCGAGGGAGGCCGUCGCAGCCGACCGCGGCCGCACGGGUGCCAGGAGUCCGGCCCCUCCGCCCGCUGCUCCGCGCACGGUGGUGUGCUACAUCUGCGGGCGAGAGUUCGGCACGUCCUCCAUUCCGGGCCGGCCGAGGCGGGCCGCGCUCGCCAGGGCCGGCGGGGCCCGCCGCACGAGGCCCACGGGUGCCAGGGAAGAAAACCCUCCGCCGGCGACGGCUCGCGGACCGGCCGGACCGGCCCGGCCCUUCGGCAUCCACGAGCCACAGUGCGCCAAGAAGUUUGUGGAGACAGAGGCGCAGAAGCCCGCGCACGAGCGGAAGCCGCUGCCGCAGCGGCCCGACGUGCAAGAGGGCGUCACCAGAGCGGAGUACAACGACGCAGCCAAGGACGCGUACGAGGCGAAGGUGAUGGCGCACUGCCCAGGCUGCGGUCGCAGCUUCAAGGACGAGGCGACCCUGGCCAGGCACGCCAAGGCGUGCACGGGCAAGGGAGCCGCUGGAGCGCUGCAGGCGGCCCCGGCGGCCGAGGAACGAGCGAGGGAGGCCGUCGCAGCCGACCGCGGCCGCACGGGUGCCAGGAGUCCGGCCCCUCCGCCCGCUGCUCCGCGCACGGUGGUGUGCUACAUCUGCGGGCGAGAGUUCGGCACGUCCUCCAUUCCGGGCCGGCCGAGGCGGGCCGCGCUCGCCAGGGCCGGCGGGGCCCGCCGCACGAGGCCCACGGGUGCCAGGGAAGAAAACCCUCCGCCGGCGACGGCUCGCGGACCGGCCGGACCGGCCCGGCCCUUCGGCAUCCACGAGCCACAGUGCGCCAAGAAGUUUGUGGAGACAGAGGCGCAGAAGCCCGCGCACGAGCGGAAGCCGCUGCCGCAGCGGCCCGACGUGCAAGAGGGCGUCACCAGAGCGGAGUACAACGACGCAGCCAAGGACGCGUACGAGGCGAAGGUGAUGGCGCACUGCCCAGGCUGCGGUCGCAGCUUCAAGGACGAGGCGACCCUGGCCAGGCACGCCAAGGCGUGCACGGGCAAGGGAGCCGCUGGAGCGCUGCAGGCGGCCCCGGCGGCCGAGGAACGGGCGAGGGAGGCCGUCGCAGCCGACCGCGGCCGCACGGGUGCCAGGAGUCCGGCCCCUCCGCCCGCUGCUCCGCGCACGGUGGUGUGCUACAUCUGCGGGCGAGAGUUCGGCACGUCCUCCAUUCCGGGCCGGCCGAGGCGGGCCGCGCUCGCCAGGGCCGGCGGGGCCCGCCGCACGAGGCCCACGGGUGCCAGGGAAGAAAACCCUCCGCCGGCGACGGCUCGCGGACCGGCUGGACCGGCCCGGCCCUUCGGCAUCCACGAGCCACAGUGCGCCAAGAAGUUUGUGGAGACAGAGGCGCAGAAGCCCGCGCACGAGCGGAAGCCGCUGCCGCAGCGGCCCGACGUGCAAGAGGGCGUCACCAGAGCGGAGUACAACGACGCAGCCAAGGACGCGUACGAGGCAAAGGUGAUGGCGCACUGCCCAGGCUGCGGUCGCAGCUUCAAGGACGAGGCGACCCUGGCCAGGCACGCCAAGGCGUGCACGGGCAAGGGAGCCGCUGGAGCGCUGCAGGCGGCCGUCGCGGCGGACGACCGGGCGGGUGCGCGCGAGGGGCAAGCCGAGGCAGCCGAGCGCGGCGGCGGUGAUGCCAGGAAGCCCGCUGCUCCGCGCACGGUGGUAUGCUACAUCUGCGGGCGUGAGUUCGGAAAGUCUUCCAUUCCGGGCCAGCCGACCACAGUGCGCCAAGAAGUUUGUGGAGACAGAGGCGCAGAAGCCCGCGCACGAGCGGAAGCCGCUGCCGCAGCGGCCCGAGGUGCAGGAGGGCGUCACCAGAGAGGACCCGAGUACAACGACGCGGCCAAGGACGCCUACGAGGCGAAGGUGAUGGCGCACUGCCUCGGGUGCGGCCGCAGCUUCAAGGAUCGGGCGACCCUGGCCAGGCACGCCAAGGCCUGCACGGGCGGGGGCGCCCGCGGAGCGCCGCCGGCGCCCGACGAGCCGCCGGGGGCGCGCGGGGCGGGGGCCGACGCGGCCGCCCCCGGCGGCGGAGGCGCCCGGCGGCAGGCGGCUCCGCGCACGGUGGUCUCCCGUCUACAUCUGUGGCCGCGAGUUCGGCACGUCUUCCAUGCUUGGCCAGCCAGCCGCAGUGCGCCCAGAAGUUCCUGGACGCGGAGGCGCAGAAGCCCGCGCACGAGCGGAAGCCGUUGCCGCAGCGGCCCCAGGUGCACGAGGGCGCCGCGCGGGAGGACUACAACGCGGCAGCCAGGGGCGCCUACGAGGCCGACGUCAUGGUGCACUGUCCCGUGUGCGGCCGGAGCUUCAAGGACCGACGAGGCGACCCUGGCAAGGCACGCAAAGGAAGAUUACCCCUCGGUUCCACGGCCUCGGCUCGUGCUCUCGUUGCUGCGCCGUCCCAACGACCGCUGGGACACCCGCGGACGCUGCAGAGUUGGCGCCCACAGCCUGCGACGCCCUCCGCGCGGUUCCCCGGCUUGCCUCGAUGACUGGCAGAGCUGCCCGGACGGGCCUCCCGCGCUGAAGCUGGGCCGCAAGAGGUCCGAGCGGCAGGAAUCCAACGACGCCGCGGCCACGGCGGUGGCCGGGAGACCCGAGCUCACGCCAGGCGCGUGGGAGCACACCUCCGCGCGAUCGCACUUCACCGCGACUCCCGUGUCUGCUGCGCUGCACAUCUCGCACAAGAUCUCCUAUGGGCCGUGCACCCCUGCUUGCGACAAGCGGCCGAAGGUGUGGCAGAAGGGCGCCGGCUCCGCUGGAGCGGAGACUGCACGCGCGCGGCUCACCGUGGGGCCGUGGCCCCAGUGCGACGCCGCCAGCUGCAGCGCCCUUGGCAGGUCCACCGUGGUCGCCACCCACCCAGACUGCCACCAGCGCGCGGACCAGCUGGACGUGCAGGGCCUCAUGGCCAGCUGGCUCCGCGCGGCAACCUGGCCGGGCCAUCUUGCUCCCGCGCAGGCGGACGACUGGCUCCUGGGGCAUCGGUCCGCUGACGGCGGACGCAAGAUGCAGGCGGGGAGCAGAGAAUCGGCAGGCGAGAGGGUGCAGGUUGAAAAGGACAGAAAUGAGCAGCAGGACAAAGGAGGAAUGCAGCCAUAA